AUGGCAAGAUACACGAUCACACCAUGGCGCUCACAGUCCGACCUCCUCCGUGUCCGAAACCAACUCUACAACCUAUCUGGCACCAACCAACGAUACUCGCAAGAAGAGAUCGACAAUUCCCGCCGCGACGCAGUAAAUCAAAUCAUGUCCUGGAAAAUGCGCGGAAACCUCCCUCACGCCGUAGAAUCCACAGCACUCCUCACAGACGCUCUCCUCCACCAACAAGUCCCAGGUAAUUCGUCCUUCGGCGUCCGAGCAGUGUACAGCGCAGCUUUCACACGCUUCGUUACCGGUUUCUGCGAUAUUGGCAGGAAUCGCGAACGAUUGCUGGAGCCGAGCAGUAUGUUGGAGAUAGCCAACAAGAUUGGUUUGCCGAGUCAUUUUGUGGCGUUGAGGCAUGAGGCAACGCAUGAGGAAAUGCCUUCUUUACAGCGAUUGGUGAGAGUUACGGAGGAAGCUCUGGAGUGGCUGUGGAAUCUGUAUUGGAGUCGGUUGGGAGAGCCUGAGUCCGAGGAGCAGCUGACUACUGCUUUGCCGGAGUUGAGAACGCAGGCGAAGGAGAUCUUGAAGACGUAUAGGUCCGCCCGCCUCGAGGCUCUGAGGAGUAAGAAGCGUGGGAAGCAGGAAGACGCUGCUGGGCAGAUGGCGGAAACAUGUGCGAGUUUUGUUGGAAAGAGUCCAUCGAGGCUGGAUGCAUUCGUAAACGUGUUGGUUGAAGAAAGGCUUCUGUGCCCCUCAAAGCGAGAGUAUGUCUAUUUUCUAUUCUAUUGUAAUGUGCACGACGCUAACGUCUGCCAGGCUCGGCUCGUCUUUGGAUGGUGCGUUUAUGCUAUGGGAUGAUCUGCUCAAGCAGAUCUCCAUUACCAACAAACGACUGUGGAAGGCAUUGAUUGAAGGCAUGCUGCAAAGGACAAGCAGCCUGUUGCCUGUGCAUGACGUCGAGAGGGAAGCGAUGUGCUUGUGGAUAGAUCACAUCCUUGCGGACAGCUCAUCGAUGCUAGUAAGAUCCGAGAGGCCCAUCUUGGAGCGAGUAGUAAUGCAGUGGUGCUGCAUGUAUUCUUCGCGGUGGACCAACUUCCUGGGCACGAAGUUAUUGAGGUUGGGAAGCACUUCCUUCCGGGAGGAGUGGGAAGACUUGCUUGCAGCAGCUCGACUGAGUCCAGAGGGCGAAAGCGCCGAUUCUUCCUUUACGAUGGUCGCGGAUGGUCUCUUCGAUGGCUCUGAGGCGAUCGACAACACCACGGAUAUGGAUAUUGUCAAAGACUUGGGGAGCUGGGUAAGAGCAGCAGCGCCGAUAGAAGCUCCGUUUGGUGUAGUUUGGUAG